UUUAUAGGCUUUUUCAGUUUUAAAGCACAGGUUUAGAGCGCAAUGUUGCAAAAAACGUGUCACUGUCAUGUAUUUCAUAGUAAAAAAAACGUUAUUGUAGAACCGUUUAGCUUGUCCUUUACCUCUUUCCGUAGCAGCCACCCAGUGACGAAACAGAGCAUGCGUACUGCAAUCCUUUCUUGUUUGACACGCGUGUAAUAUUCACACUUUGGGAAAGUCUGUGUUUAAGACAGAAUUCCGGAAAAUAUAAAACAUAUUUUCCACCACUAUGGGAGGACAGGCUAAGGGCAAAAAGAAAGGCAAGCCGAAGAGGAAAGACAUCAACCCAAACCUGGAUCCAAGAUUUGUUGGAGUGUCACCUCAGGAAAGAAUGAAACUAAGAGCACAUGAAAAAGCCAAGAAGAAGUCAGCUGAGAAGUACUCUGUGCUGCAGCUUCUCGAAAAGACAGAGGAAUGCAUGGACAGUUUUGAUUUUGAGAUGGCUCGCCUUUUCUGUCAACGAGCCCUGGAUGUGGAGUCCUCAAACCUACAAGCCUUGGACAUGCAGGGACACAUCUGCUCUGAACUAGGAGACACAGAAAAAGCUAAGGAAGCUUUUUUGCGUGCAGUGGAGCUGAGCCCAGAUGUAGGCCACAGUAAGUACAUGUAUCUAGGACAAAUCAACACCGGCCAGGAGUCUGUAGACUUCUACACUAAAGGAAUACAAGUGUUGCUGUCUGCAUUGGAAAAACAAGCCCAGACCACAGCUGAGGCUGCAGCUGCUGCCCCAGCAGAUGAAGACGCUGAGCUCCCCACAGCGAAGGAUGUUUGUGUAGCCUACUGCUCAGUGGCAGAGGUUUAUCUCACCGACCUCUGUAUGGAAGAGGGGGCUGGAGACAAAUGCAAAGAACUCAUUGAGAGAGCAUUACAGUAUCACCAUGACAACCCUGAGGCUCUACAGCUCAUGGCAAGUUACCUGUUCAGUACAGAGAGAAACCAGGAAGGCAAAGAGUACCUGUUGAAAAGUGUUGGAUUGUGGCUGCCUGCACAGGAACAGAAUGCAGCUUCUUCCAGCACAGAUGAAGACAUGCAGAAUGAGAUCCCUCCAUACGAGUCACGUGUCACCACAGCCAAACUGCUCCUUGAAUCUGAGGAAUUUGAGGUGGCAGUAGAUGUGUUGGAGGGUCUCCUGGAAGAGGACGAUGAAGUCGUCCAGGUGUGGUAUCUCUCCGGCUGGGUGUGCUACCUCCAGCUGGAGAAAGCCAAAGAACUGCAGGAAAGAGAGGGAAGAGAAGUGACGGAGGAGGAGACGGAGGAGUGGAAGGCGUUGCAGGAGGUGGCCAGAUCGUACCUGACCAAUGCUAAGAAGCUGUACAUUAAGCUGCGAUGUGAUGACCAGCCGAUGUCGGAGCAUGUGGAACAGCUGCUCGGUGAUCUGGGAGGAGAGCUAGAGGGAGAGGAGGAAGAUCCUUUUUUGGAUGAAGACUAUGAACCCUGUAGUGAUGAGGAGGAGGAUGCUGCAGAGGCACCCAUGGAACACUGACCACAGCCUCCUUUACUUUUAUUCUGUCAUUUCCGUCUCCUUCCCUCUAGUGAAAUGUUGUAGUGCACUCUCUAAAGUGCCUUUUGUGCUGGUUAUCAUUUUAUACCAGUUUAUCAGAGAUGGAAUUUGAAGUGAGUUUCACAAAAAAAGAGUGGCAUUAAAAGCUGCAGUCUCCUAAAUCUCUUUCAGUCAGUUGUUUAAUGCGUUUGGUGAAAUAAGCUCAUACUUGACUAAUGCUUCCCUUAAUCUCCUUGACAGAUGUUGAUGAAAGACAUUUGUUUUAGAGCUUUACUUCUUACCAGCAGCAAAAGCAAAACACCUCAGAAUGCUUUACCUCUUAUACACACCCACGCAUUGGUUUUUACAAGCAAACACAAACAAAAAUGCACAACCCCUUCAGUUGAAUUACUUUAUCUUUCUUUAAUACGAUAGCAGCAGCAGUAGUAGCAGUGUUUCCUUCUCAGACUGCAGACAAAUGAAAUAUCUCAACAGGAAGUGGGUUUUAUUAUAAAACUGUGUCUGCCAACAAACAGUUAAUGUUGUCUUUUUUAUGUAAGGCUUCUAGUAUUGCAAGUUUUUAAUGCUAUUCAGUUUAUUUUCCUGCUUUGGGUUUUUCACCCCUUUUUUGUUCAUUGGAUUUAACAAGGAAAGACACAUUAACUUAUGCAGCAUGUUUCUCUGACUGUUCAAAGUGGCUGGUGGAAGACUCUUUUUUUCACAUUGCAGUAUUUCAAUUCUCAGACAGGGUAACACCAUCAGUAGGUGUAAGGGAACGGCGCAAGAGUCGACUGAUGCUUUUAUUUUUCUGUUAUGUUUUACAAUUCAAGGUUCAAGGCUUUUUAUUAGUCAUACGUACAUAGCUACAGUGUAGUUAUGUCAAUGAAAAUCUUAGUUCACAGGCUCCUCCAACAGUACAACACAAUAAAACAGUAAAAACAUUAAAAGCAAAUGUGAAAUGCAAUAAGAGUCUAUAUACAAGUGAUUGGAAUAUGAUAUAUAAAUAAUUUGUAAGUUGCAGCCAGAUGAAUGUUAUGGAUGUUGUUUCCAAAGUGCAGGUGUUUAAUAGUCUUAUAUGAAGAGCAAGGCUUUUGUACUAGGACAGCUACACAGAACGAUUAUGACGUUUUAACAAUAACAUUUUUGAAAUAUCAACAAGAACAGUAGCUUCAAUGCUCCUUGCAAAAAUAUAUUGAACACAAGAGUUGUGGCUUGUCUCAAGCCCUGAUAUAUUUUUGGUGAGUUUUUUUUCUUCAUAAACUGACAUUUCGUCCCCAUAUACCUAUUUAGUAGGGAGACGGUGUGUGACUUGCAUGCUUUAACACACAUAUACCACAGAGUCCAUGCACCAUGCCUGUUAACAAGCGCAACACACCACAGGCACCCACUGCUGCGCGGCCCCUUUGAAGAAUUUCAUAACCGGUAAAUGGGAAUGUUAUCUGAGAUCCUGCUCCUGAUAGCGCCCCGGCAUCAAGCUGAGAGGCCUGUUUGGGAAUACAGGGGUUCAGAUACCACCAUCUGAUAAUGCGUGUUUGAGUUUAAGGAGCGUACAAAAUAAAGCUCAGGAGAGACAACAGAUAUGGUUCUGUGUGCGUAUAUAUGCUGCAGAAAAUGAUAGCUUAAUGUGCUAUGAUGUGUGGUUAUUCUCUGACCCGGCUUUGCUCAGAAAUAUGCUUAUACUCUUGUGAUGUUUAAUGUAUGAUAAUGCACCAGGAGUAUGGGCCUAGAGGACUGACUACCUGGAGCGAUGCUGUCAUCUAGCAUUUGGCUUUUUAAUUAAAAUGUGCUCUGGUGUGUAUGUGCAUUUCUACA